CCGCACGGGAUGGCAGUACAAUAUCACAACCCACCCAAGCUCGAAUCAAGGCAGCAGCAAGCUCCUCUAACAAAUCAAUCAACUCACAAUGCUGUCUCUCAGACUCACGAGCGUGGCCGCACGCCGCAUCCACACUGACGUUGAGGCCCGGCAGUCGUUGCAGCUGAAGCCGCAGCCGCAGGUGCAGGCGCAGCAGGAGGUCAAGGUGGACGCGCCCUGGGGUCAGGUGGCCGCGAAGGUGUGGGGUGAGCCGGGGGCUUCCCCGCUGAUCGCUCUGCACGACUGGCGCGACAACGCCGCCUCGUUCGACCACCUGGCGCCGCUGCUGAACGUGCCGACGGUGGCGCUCGACCUGCCAGGUCACGGCCUGUCGUCGCCGCUGCCGGCCGCCGCGCAGACCUUCUCGCCGGUCAACAUCUUCACCCUGCGCUACGUGCUGCGCAAGCUGGGCUACCAGAAGGUGUCGCUGCUGGGCCACGGCAACGGCGCGCAGCUCGGCCUGCUCUACGCCAGCCUGUACCCUGACGCGGUGAGCCACCUGGUGCUGGUCGACCCCAAGCAGCCGACGCCGUCCGGCGACCUGGCCGGCCGCAUGGGCGCCCUCGUCGACUCCAUCCUGGAGAACAAGGCGCAUCUUCCCGUGGUCACUGGCAUCGAGCAACUCGUGGCUUCCUACAAGCAGAGAGGCCUGUCCGAGGAGGCGUCCCGCGUGCUGCUGCAGCGCGUCGCCCGCAAGCAGGACGACGGCUACGUCGACUCGUCCGACCCGUGGCUCGACAAUGCCCUGUUCCGCAACCUCUUCGAGCGCACCGAGAGCACCCUGGCAUCCAAAAUCAAGUGUCCGGUGAUGAGCAUCGAGUCCGACUCGCAGCAGGCCACCUCGGAGGCCACCAGACAGAUCCUGGCCAAGGCGGCCGCUUCCUUCGAACACCAAAAAGUCGGCGGCAACCACUACGCGCACCUUGAACAGCCUGAGAAGGUGGCUGCCGUGCUCAACAAGUUCCUCGUCUAAGACGCUGAAUGGUUUUUGGUUUUCGGAGGAAUCUCAAUUUGUAUAAAUAUGCACCUUAAACAUUCAACUAAAGUAUUGCUGUGAUUUGUACAGUUCAAUUUAAUAGGAAAGUGGGUUCCAAAUGUGAUAAACUGUAUUCUAUGUUAAGGUUUGCCUAUGUAGCUUAUUUAGAAUAAUGUUCUCAAUAAUUAUAUGACAAUAAAAAUAUAUAAAUAA